AUGGCCCAUGGCGCUGUUCGCAAGAGCAACCUACCGCGCACGGACGACAAGCGCACCUUCGUCGCGCUGCCGGGGACCCACAUGUGGUCCAUCCGGCAUCCGCCUAUCGAUGUGCGCACUCUUGCGCAACCCGCACCACCAGCUGUGCCCACCGCCCGCGCGCCCGUCGACGACGACCAUAUCGAUGCGGAGGGGUUGCCCCAGGCGAAGCCACGUCGCGGCAAGACGAAGGUCAACGUCGCCGAAGCUUUCAAUAAGCACUUUGGCCUCGACGCCCUCGCCGUCGUCCUCCGCGAGAUCGACAACAGCGACUUUGACAUGCACGUGCUCGCAGCGAGCACACUCUCCUACUACGACUAUGUCGCGCGCGUCUGGCUGGAGACUUUCUCGGCUUUCUUCGGGUCCGACAAGCUCGCUGCGCUGACCUUGCAAAAGGGUCAGGCGUUGCCGGAGGAGGGCACCAUGAAGACGUUCUUUGAGUUCGUCGCCAAGACGCGCGGACCGGAUGGUCACGGGCUUUCGUAUAACACGAUGGGCAAGUUUCAGGGCAUAGUCUUCGGCAUGCUCUACUCGCGUGGUGUUGCGUCCCCCACGCCUGCUUACCGGGAGGCUAACAAGAAUUUCAUCGACACUCUGGCCAAGGUCCUAGGUGUCAUCGAGGAUCGCGCACGCGAGAAACUCCUCAUGCGUGAAACCGACCUGCUCAAGAUGCUCAAGGCGCUCCUCGAUCCUGGGCUCAGCUAUGGCUCGAACAAGACCCGGAUUACCAUGUACUUCCUCACGACGAUCAUGGCCGAGCUCGGCACGCGCAUCGGCACCUGGACGGAGGCGCAGAACGCGCAGGGACUCGCGCAGUGUGUGCGAUGGGGCGACACCACCGUCUAUAUCGAAGGUGCCGACUCCUGGGGCGCCAACGUGAGCGUCUUCUUCCGCCUGCACUGGCUCAAGGGCUUCAAGGGCUCUUCCGAGCGCAUCUCCGACAAGAGUGUCCGCGUGCUGCCGGGCUAUGAGGCGCACAUGGACCCCAUCCUCCCUUUCCUCGUCAUCGGCUGCUACUACGACGUCUGGGAGCAGUCCACCGAAGUCAUCGGAUGGCUCACCGGCGCGGUCGCUCCACCUGCAUCCAAGACCGAGCUCGUCGUUCGCGAGAAGUUCAAGCACACGGGCGUCGUGCGCGCCGCCAUGCAGCCCUCGCAGGAGAAAGCGGCGGCUGCGAACACGGAAAACCAGCCCGAGAUGUAUCUCGGCGAACAUCGCAAGCCGCAGGAGUGGAAGACCAUGAGCGCCACGUCCUCCAACCAAUUCAUCCACAAGGCAGCCCGGUUCUGUGGCAUCGUCGCGUUCAUGUGGAAGUUCUUUCGGUACACGUUCGGCGAGAACCUGAAGAGAACAGUGUCCCCGGACACCGUCACUGCUGCCAUGGGCCACCGCAUCGGCUCCUUGCUAACCUGGACCACGUACAAGGCUCAGAUCGCGCAGGUCGACUUUCAGUCGCGCUUCCGCGGGCGUGCGGAGGACACGAGCACGAUUGAGUUUUACAACUCGGUCGGGCGGACUGCCGGUCCCGCCUCCGGGGACAGCCAGCAUGUGGAUCGUGUCCGCCGCCUCUUCGCGGAUGCGAAGAUCGAGGAACUAGCUCAGAGGUUCGACGUGCUCGACCACGCCGUCUACGAUAAGUACGGCCAGUGGGUAGAUGAGGUGCCGGAUAUGGAGGAGCCGGACGAGCUCGUGGAGGAGGCCCGAGACGCCAUGAAUGAUAUCUUGUUGGCGCUUAGAGACCUCAACAACAAGAUACUUCCACCUGUAGCUCCCGCUCCAUCGGCUGCAGUGGACGGUGCACCACGGAGUGCUACGCUCGCGCGAUUCGUAGACUCCCUCGAUGCCGGUCAUCCGUACCUUCCGCUCGUCACGGGCGAGAAUGCUUUGCACGCGCGCGCCGAUGUCUUCAAGGCCCUGAUGCACGUCCACCGUCUGGACGAGCAGAUGCUCCACCGUCAAUGCUUCCUAUGCGCUCGCGAAGGCAUUCACAAGGACCUGCGCGGUAACUAUGGGCGGCACAUGUGGACGUGCAUGGAGCGGCACCACAAGGACACGCACACCAGGUGUAACUUCUGUGGUGGCUUCUUCACUCAUGGCGAUGAGCUCGACAAGCACUGUCGGCUCUGCUAUGCUGACAUGAUCGCAGCCAAGAACAUCGAUGUCCAGGAUGCCGAGCAUGCGGGACGUCCCCUUGGCGUAGACUCGUACAAGCACGUAUUCGAAACCGAGUUCAAUGAUCGGACGGUGUACUACUGCCCUGUCUGCAUCAACGACUUUGACGAGGAGGAUCCCAAUGCAUGCGGCGUGAAUGAUCCUGUCAGGGGCGAAAUGCUCCGUCACAUGCUCUCUCACUUGAAGACGGGGGGCUCUCGGCCCAAGUUUGAUAUCAAUGUCGCGCUUCGUUGCAGGAUGUGGACGUGCCGCGAGAAUGCUACCACGUACGACUUUUCCGACAUGAUUGACCACUGGCACAACACGCACGGGUACGACCUUUUACGCUGCGUGGACGCUCGUCCAGGCCACGACCACGCGCAGGACACGUCGUUGUCCCUCAGGGAGUCUGUCGACCUUAGCAGCAAGGUAGCGGUCGCCAAGGAUAAGAUCGUGCUAUACGAGGAAGACGUGCCACUCUUGCGCGCGACGCUCGUUGGCAAGGUUCAAGGGCAGGCGGCGGACGUUGCCUACGUGUGUCUUCAGACACGAUGUCGCAAAGGGGAUGCGCGCAAACGCGCCAAGCUACUUAUUGAGCGAAUGCAUACCAAGUAG